UAAAAACAGGGAAAAAUCAUUUUUGCAUUAUCUCUAUAUAGUACAUACAAACAGUAUUACUUUAACUUUACAUUAAUAGUUAUUAGUGACUUGAAGCCGAUAAUGGCGUCUCUACAUGGCUAGCGACUCGUGUCCAAGUGUCCAAGUCAUUACUGUAGCCCCCUCUGUUGGUGGAAAUAAGCUCUAACCAGAUUUGCAGUGCUUUUCUGGGUGUUUUGUAUGUGCUGUCGAACGGCUCCAGUCGGGGACAGGACACCAAAAACCGGGAUUAUCCCGAUAAAACAGUCACCAACGUCUAGUCACCCAUAGGUUAAAUAUUAUCCUACACAUUUCACCCAAGCUUCCGUCUUUUAAGACUGUGUUUGACAUUGCUCUGGUCUGGAUAAGACAGAUUUGCCACCUCUGGCACAAUCGGUUUCACUUUACAGAACUGACGGAUUGAUUUUACUAUGAAACAUGAGAAUUUUAAAUUCAGAUGAGUUAAAAAUUGCAGAGACUACUUUAUAUGCGCAUCUGCCUAAAUCCAUAAAGGUGUAUGGAUUCGUUUUUGCUAUAAACAGACAGAAACCACACACUUUGGAGGUAUUGGUGGAUACGUGGCCAGCUUUUACCACUAUCAUUGUUCGACCAGAUCCAAAUAAUAAUCGAGCAAAGGACUUUAUGAAAAAGGUGACUCUAUACAGUACAGAUGAAGAAGUCCUGAGAAGAAUGCUGACUGUGGAAAAUGCAAUUGACUGGAGCACAUACUUCUUAAUAGGAGGAUGUGAUGUACGUCAUUCACCAAUGCUGAAGGAAAUUGCUGCUUCUAGGGGCGUCACUAUGAAAGGGUACUCUUUAGUGCACCUUAUGAUAUUAACUGAUCCCAGUCAUUUACCUGAGCUAACUGCCAGUGACCUUGACACCAGAGUGUCUGUCCUGAAUGAGUCACAUGCCGAUGCAGUUAACAAGACUUGGAAAUUUGGUGGGGAUGACAAAGGUUACAGGAACAUCCUCCAUCUCAUCAGCCAUUUCCCCACAUGCUGCAUAACGGAUGAGAACAACCAGCCUGUGUCUUGGGUACUGUUGUAUGAUUACUGUGCCAUAGGAAUGUUGUACACUCUACCAGAGCAUCGUGGGAAGGGAUAUGCCAAAACCCUGGUCACUACAAUGGCAAAGAAGCUCCAUUCUCAGGGCUAUCCUGUGUACUGUUUCAUUGAAGAAUGCAAUCAGCUUUCCUACAAACUUUUUACAAGCCUUGGUUUUACAGAGGACCCCUCGUAUAGGGCUGCCUGGUACGAAUUCAUUUGUUAGAGUGAAUACUCACCACUACUCUUUUGAAUGUUGUCAUGAAAUCAAAAUUCUAAUUUUUUAAUGCACUUCUGCAUUGUUUAUUAUAAAUGAUUUAUUUGUGCACAUCAUUAUUUUUGGAAAUUCAUGUGCUCAUGUAAUCUUUAAUCAAAAACUUUAACUUUCCUUCUCCCUCAUGAUUACGUGAAGGUGCAGUCACAUACAAAAAGAUCUAUUCACAGUUGUAAUAUUUUUUGUACAUUUUGAUGAUGACAUUGUGAUCUAGAACUUUCACUAAAAUGUUUUAAGAAUGAAGGUCAAACCACCAAACCUGGGUAAUGACACUACUUGCCUCAUGUUAGAGGAAAUCUGUGUUAAGUUGAGUUAUUGGAGAAUGCCUGAGCAAUUUCCAUUUUAAAUAAAAAAGUAUUAAAGGUG